UUGCAUUUCCAGGAGGUGCCUGAAAUCCUCUCUCCACAGCUCCCCUGCAUCCUCCCUCACCCUGAGGGUGGAGAGGAGCCCUCUGCUCAGCAGAGCUGCAGGACCCUGGCCCCAAGGCUCAGCAGCCCAGGGACACUGCACCCUCGUGUGGCUACACCGGGCAGAGGCUGCACGCUCCAAUCCUGCGAGGUCCAGGCUCAGCACCAUGCAGGUAGAAACCCCUGCAGGGAUGCUGCACCCAACCCAGAAGAAACAAAGAGCAAUGCCUGCAGACAAACACAGCACGUCGCUUCUGGAUGAUGCUGGCUGAUGCCCAAGUGCAUCCAGCACACCCAGCUGCAGCACCAGUUUGCAUGACACUCAGAGGCCAGUGUUCAUUUUAAGGCUUGUAAGGCUGCCAUUAAAGCACAUAAGAGAUGAUGCUGAGGCCUGACGGGGUCAUUUUGUAUAACUAUUUUGUACAUAAAACAAAAAUAAAAAACUCUUGCUACGUCUAAACUGCAGGGCCUGGGCAGAGUUCCCAGCUCUGGCUCUACAUCACAGCCUGGCCCCAUGUCCAUGUUGGGACUAGCUACUUGGCCACAGACUAAUCCUUUUUAUGUUUGUACAGUACCUAACACAACAACGCUCCAUUCGGUCUUUUAGCUACUGCUGUAAUAAACAAACUGCUCUGCUUUAUUUGUAGCCCAAAUACUGCAGGUUGAGAACCUACAAGUAAAACCAGCUGUAAACAAAUGUUUCUGAUUUUCCACUAGUGUGGAAACAUGCAAACUAAUUGCUCAACAGUGAAAAACAGUUUAAUUAACCCCAGGUGUUAGAUAAAAUUGGGUUGGUGUCUCCCAAACUUGUCACUUCAGCUUGAACGAGCCACUGCUAGAUUUGAAAGCAAAGCCGAAAAAAAAAUUACCAAGAUUAUUACACAAUGCCUAAAAACUUUGUGAGUGUUCUGGGCAAAGGACAAGUGUGCUAGUGAGCCUUGUUGAGUGCUCAGGAGCAAGAUCUCUGUUCACAUUGCAAAGGUGUGUGUUGGGACACCACAUUUUCACACUUUUAAACUGCCUAGGUGACUCAUCUUCCAUCUCAGGAUCUCACUUUGUGCCUGCAACCACCUUUAAUAUCAAUUUCUGAGUAAACAUCAAGUACAGCCCCAUGCCAAAAAUAUAAACAAAGUGCUCCUCGAGGGGAUUUGUCCAUGAAAUGCCAUACAGUCAAAUAAUGCAAAAUGCAAGCUAUCCUUGAGCAUAUGUAAUCCUACCACAACAUUUUUUUUCCAGCCUUCAACAUCAGCAACCUCAGCCUGCUACAAUUACAGCCCCAGUCCUGACUUCUUCUACAACGCAGUCUUCCACCUGCACCACUGAGACAUUUUGGGGAUUCUCCAUCCAUGCAUCUGUUGGAGAACCUCUUUGCUUUCAAGCACUCAAGUCACAGUUCUGCAGCACUUCUUCCCGGUCACCCAUGGUUUGGCAUCAAACUCCAACUCUUAACCCAUUUCUCCCAGCCUAAUGAGCUGUCAAGUGGUAAUGAUCAGUUUAUCGUGGCUGGUGAUGAAACAUUAUUUCCUUCUGGAAUGGGAGGCAUGCCCUUGAGGAACAGCUGAAAGCCCUUCCAAGAGAAAACUGCAUUUGGUAGGACUGGUGUUGGAUGGUUCCCAGCUGUUAGUCUUGUGGCUGUUUUGGCACUACAAACAGUUAAUUGGCAAGCUGAGCAGAAAAAACAGCCUAGGAGAAGCUUCUUGGGUUCCUGAGACUAGGUCUUGACCAUCACACAGCAUCACUACAAAGAAGCCCUGAACAAAGGGCCUCUCAUCCUGGGCUGGAUGUGAACAACAGAGAGGCUAAGCUCUCCUGACCACCUCACGACUUCCAAGGGACGUACCAUGGCAUGGCAGAGAUGGGCUCAUGCAAAAGGGCUCACUUCCCAAGGAACAUCUGUUCAACAGGCAAGCAGAAAGCUGUACUGCCAAGGUAACGUCUUCGCUCAACACGUCUAAACAAAACCUGAUCUUCACCACCUUCCUCUGAUCUGUAUUCUCCCAUAGAAGACCUGGCACUGAGAAGGUCUCAGAGCUCUCUCACUCUUCAAGGUUACACAGCUUUUAUUUUCUCUUCUUUCCUUUCCUGUGCAACAAGGAAAUAGGUCACGUUUCAAAGAAACCAGUUAACGGAGGUUAGCAAAUGCCAGACAGCUCACUGGAUGGUGUGGCCUGUUCCUCUCCUAUCUCCCAAAAUCAAGACGUUUCUCACUUGCCAGAGAACAUUUUUCCCCUCCUUUCCUUUCUCUCUUCAAAACUGCCGCAGCGAAGCCCUGACAAGACGUUUUGCCCAUCUAUAAGCCAGAUCAAGUACGAGCUGUGUGUGAGCCGCCCCAAGCAAUCCCAGUAAGUGCGCAGCAAUGCCGGAUGCUGCUGCUCACCUGCCCUUUUACUAUGGCAGCAUUGCCAGGUCGGAGGCGGAGGAGUACCUCAAGCUGGCAGGCAUGUCGGAUGGGCUGUUUCUGCUGCGGCAAUGCCUGCGCAGUCUGGGGGGGUACGUCCUCUCCAUGGUAUGCAACCUGCAGUUUUAUCAUUACGCCAUCGAGCGCCAGAUGAACGGUACCUACGCUAUUGCGGGGGGCAAAGCGCACUGUGGGCCAGAGGAGCUCUGCGAGUUUUACUCCAAGGAUGCUGAUGGGCUCUGCUGCACCCUCCGCAAGCCCUGCAACCGCCCCAGUGGCGUGGAGCCCCAGCCUGGUGUCUUCGACAGCAUGAGGGACAAUAUGGUGCGCGAGUACGUCCGGCAGACGUGGAGACUAGAGGGGGAUGCACUUGAACAGGCCAUCAUAAGCCAGGCUCCACAGGUGGAGAAGCUCAUUGCCACCACGGCCCAUGAGAGGAUGCCCUGGUACCACGGCAACAUCAGCCGGGAUGAAGCUGAACGGAGGCUCUACUCUGGGGCACAACCUGAUGGGAAGUUCCUGCUGAGAGAAAAAAAGGAAAAUGGCUCCUACGCUCUCUCCCUUGUCUACGGCAAAACAGUGUAUCACUAUCGGAUAGACCAGGACAAGUCCGGCAAGUACUCCAUCCCCGAGGGGACCAAGUUCGACACGCUCUGGCAGCUGGUGGAGUAUUUGAAACUCAAACCGGAUGGUCUGAUUUUCGCCCUGAGGGAAAGCUGCCCCAACCCCAGCAUGCCAGCCUCUGCAGCACCGGUUCCACCAACCCACCCCUCUGUGAGCAGACACCUUGGGGCUCUCAAUGCAGAUGGAUACACGCCAGAGCCUGUAGGAAAGUCACGCUUGCUACCCAUGGACACCAGCGUCUAUGAGAGCCCGUACAGUGACCCUGAGGAACUGAAGGAUAAGAAACUCUUCCUGAAGAGGGACCACCUGAUGAUUGAUGAAGUGGAACUGGGGGCAGGAAACUUUGGCUGCGUCAAGAAAGGAGUCUACAAAAUGAGAAAGAAGCAGAUUGAUGUGGCCAUCAAGGUGCUGAAGAGCAACAAUGAGAAAACAGUGAGGGAUGAAAUGAUGACGGAAGCCCAGAUCAUGCAUCAACUGGACAACCCGUACAUUGUCCGCAUGAUUGGGGUCUGCGAGGCAGAGUCCCUAAUGCUUGUGAUGGAGAUGGCUUCUGGAGGACCACUCAACAAGUUCUUGUCUUCCAAGAAAGAUGAGAUUACAGUCAGCAAUAUUGUGGAGCUGAUGCAUCAAGUAUCCAUGGGGAUGAAGUACUUGGAGGAAAAAAACUUUGUCCACAGGGACCUGGCAGCCAGAAAUGUCCUGCUGGUCAACCAGCAUUAUGCCAAGAUCAGUGACUUCGGACUCUCCAAGGCGCUUGGCGCUGACGACAGCUACUACAAGGCCAGGACAGCAGGAAAGUGGCCCUUGAAAUGGUAUGCCCCAGAGUGCAUCCUCUAUCACAAGUUCUCCAGCAAGAGUGAUGUAUGGAGCUAUGGCGUGACCAUGUGGGAGGCCUUCAGCUAUGGGCAGAAACCGUACAAGAAAAUGAAAGGCCCGGAGGUUAUUAGCUUCAUAGAGCAAGGGAAGCGCAUGGACUGCCCCACGGACUGUCCGGCAGAGAUGUACACCCUCAUGCAGCAAUGCUGGACCUACAGAUGGGAAGAGCGUCCAGGAUUUAUUUCUGUGGAAAACACAAUCCGUGCCUACUACUACAGUAUUGCUACCAAGACAGAAAAUGGUCCAGAGACAGAGGACAAAUCAAAAGCAGCUCUUCCUUGAGUUUCCCUCUCUGCCCCUCAACACACAUGCCCUGGACUUCCUGCACAGGACCUGGAAAGGCUCUUUGCAAACUUCUGCUUUAAUCUUUUAAACAACGGUUUUGUUUCUCAAGCAGCUCUAGAACUAAGAUCCUGGGAGGCAAUGCUGUCAGCAGACAAGGGCAGUCAGCUACACCUCGUGUCUCCAAACAGCCAGCCAUGAUGUACAUCUCCAGCCUGACCAUCACAGGACAGUACAGGACAGUAUUGUGGUUCCUUCCUACCCACCUCCAAAAAAGUAUCCCAGGACCUCAAGGGUUUAACGCCUACCUGGCUUACUAGGGAUGAACUGCAUUAGCUCUAGGAGAUCCAGAUUUCUCCCAGUCCCCCAGAAAAAAAUGUACACUGCAGGGCACGGUGUACGUCCCCCCUGCACUGCCACCACCCUCCAAGUUGGUUAAGGCUCCUCAUACAACUAAACCCCCAGGACCCAUUGCUCAUCUCCUGGAUCCUAACUGGUCCCUCUGUGCUACUGAAAUGAGCAGUUUGCUUCUCAAACCUGAAAAUCGGGCACCCUAUAAAUAAACUAUUCUAUGUUUACCAUCCUUAUGUCUCAGACUAUUAAACUGCCUUAAAUGUUUGCAACUACUUCACACUGAAAAGAAAAUAAUCGUAGUUCCCCUCCAGUAAGCCAUGGUUUCCCUCAUUGAUGCUCUCCAUAACCCUGCAGAGACACCAACCCGGUCACCUCUGGCUUCACUGCAGAGCUGCUUUCUUGCAGCUGAUGACACUA